AGAAUAAUCACGUGAUCUGCUGGACAAAAUGGCAGACGAAAUUUAAAAGUGACUUCUCUCGAAAAUAUUGUCGAAGUGGCAAAUUACACAGCCAUGUGGAGGUCAUUAGUGCUCGAGAUAUAUGAGAAAUUGGAAUCUUAAACCACAAAUGAGGUGAUUGCACUCUUGGUGAUAAAGAAGCUCUGCGUAAGCCAAAGCAUGAUGUAAAUUUUGAUAGAUAAACAUACAAAUGACAUAAUAGAAAGUUGGGAUCCAUCCAUAUCUGCAUGUGAUAUUUAUAGAUUUUACUAACACCGACAAAAUGGGUCUCGUUGAAUAUAUCCACCCAAGCCUAGAGACCUUGGAUUACAAAAGCCUGAAGACACGCAGCAUUAUGGUUUUAAUAUCUGUCAUGUCCUUCAUAACACUAUUUGUAGUAUCACACUUUGUCGGUUCAUUUAUUCGGACAUACAAUAACCUUCGCAUGAAAGAAAAAGUUUUUUGGAACUUAGCAGUUGUCCGUGGAAUAUUUGGAUGUGCUGGGUCUGUAAUAGGAGUAUGGGGUGUGUUUUUUGAUGAUGUCCUUAUAGAAGAUGUAGUUUAUGCUACAUGUCCAACUUCAAACUUUGCUGUUCAUAUCAUCCUAGGAUUCUUUAUCUUUGAAGUGACAAUACUUGGGAUAUCCGAGAUGAUAUACAAAUCCUUCAACCUUUUACUUAACGUUCAUCACUGGUUCUCAUUGCUCGGGUUUGCUGUUGUGGUAUACUUCGAGUGUGGCCAUUUUUUCGCAGUUAAGGGAGUCUUACUUGAAAUGAGCACUCCAUUCUCAGGAAUCUGCUGGACAUUACUGAAAUGUAACCUACAGGACAGUUUCAUAUGGAAAGCAAACCAGUUUAUCCUGGUUCAUUCGUUUCAUCUUCGCAGCGUCCUCGAGUGCCAUCUUUGGUAUUUAUCAUACUGUCACAUGGAUUAUAUCUGGAAGGUGAUGCCCCUGAAGUUGUUUGUACCAUUGUAUGCACAAUUACUGCUGGGAACCGUCAUCAUGACGCCAUAUUGGACAUACAAGAAAACUUCACAGAUGAUCAUACCAGUAGAUUGGAACUUUGAUGACUCAAACAACAAUAAGUCAAAGAAUGGGUCGGCUGUUAAAAAGAGAAAUUAAAUCAGUGUAAUUUAUCUAUGUUUAAAUAUAAGUGUAAUCAUCAUGAAUUUUGAAUAACUUCACUUAAGAUUUUUCAUGUGAACAUCCUCCAAAUGCAGGGCUCUAGACAUCAUCUACUCUAUUCCUGCAUUCAGAGGAUCUCAUCUGAAUUCUUCAAUAACUUCUGCAUUAUCACUGAAGGGUUCUUUUACAUCGUUAAUUGUAUAAAUACAGUAAAACCUGUCUACAUAUAAGUGGAACACCUUUGGUACCUCUAAAAAGUGUUCUACUUGGGAGGUGUUCCAAUUAUAGAGAUUCAUUUAACAUAAAGUCAUUUGGUCUUAAGACUCUAAAAAGUGU